AUGAACCAAACAAAAUAAAAUAUUUGUUUUGAUGAGAAAUAAAAGUAGAGAUUGGAGGAUUUAUUUGAUAAUUGUUAAUUCUAACUGGUUUGAAAACUGACAAAGAACCAAGGAGAUACAUAAUUUUAUAAUGAGUUCCGUGGAUAUUCAAGGUGAUGACUGGGAUUUACAGUGCUCAGACGAUGAAAUAAGUAAAGCCGGCAUUUACAUUGGAAAAGAGUGGUUACCAGAUCCGGCAGAGCUAGAUGAUCUGUACAAUAAUAUUGAUAAAACUGGAACUUUGCCACUAGAAUGGAAAUGCCCGGGGCGGAAGGCUCCUUCGCCUGUAACUGUCAAUAAAGAUGAUCAUACAGAGCUGCCUCAGUCACCGGCACGGGAAGAAAAGUCUGAUUUUGACUUCAUGGAUGAAGUCAGUUCUUUGAGACUUCGAGUAAGGAGAGAAGGGGAAGACACAUUAAGAGGGUCAGCUAAGAAAAAAACAACAUCUUUUGAUGGUAUCCUGUCAAACAUGAUCAGACAUAAGAGGAUUGAACAGAUGGAGAAACAAGCUAAUACAUCCUCAUCACCAAAUUCAUACAAUAAUCCAAAUACAAAAAUGUGAUAUAUAAUGAAAUUUGAACUACUUUAGUUAUUUAAAUGACUAAAGUGGUUCAAAUUUACCUGAAUGAUGGUAUACAUUUUGAAAUAAAAAUGCCUGACAAAUAAUGGCAAUAUCCAAAUAUCAGUGGUUAGCAUAAAUAUAGUUAACUUACAGUGUGAGGAAGGGAUAGAAUAAAUACAUCAUAAUGUUAUGAUUUGAUAAUACAAAUACAUGGAACUUUUAUUAAAAUACA